AUGGCUGAAGAAAUGGAGAUCGAUGUGGAGCAAAACGCCAUGACCGAGGAGGUGGAGCUCGACCUGAAGCACUUAUGUUCAGUUCUCUAUAAGAUCAUCGCCAAGUGUUUAGUUAAUAGGCUCCGACCAAUACUGGGUGACAUCAUCUCCAUUAACCAAAGUGUCUUUGUUCCGGAGCGGCUUAUUACGGAUAAUGCACUAGUAGCCUUUGAGUGUAUUCACUUCAUUGAGAAUAACAGUAACCAGGUGAACAAUUUCUGCGCCUACAAGUUAGAUCUGUCCAAAGCUUACGAUAGGGUCGACUGGGAGUUUCUCAGGAAAGCGAUGGAAAGAAUGGGUUUUGCUCACAGGUGGAUGGACUGGAUAAUGUCAUGCGUCACGACUGUGAAGUACUCGGUGAAAUUCAAUGGAACCGGUUCAAACAAAUUGAUGCUAAACUAG